UGUGGCGGGGCCGGGCCGGGCCGAGCCGCCCCCGCCCGCUCCGGUGGCUCCGGCCCGCAGCAGCCCCUUCGGUCUCUGCUCUGGGAGGACCCCGGUCGCCAUGUCGCGGGGCGGCGGGAAGGGAUUGAGCUUGAAGGACAAGCUGGAUGGUAACGAACUGGACCUGAGUCUUUGUGACCUGAACGAAGUGCCGGUCCGAGAGCUGGCCGCUCUCCCCAAAGCCACCGUGUUGGAUUUGUCCUGUAACAACCUGGUUUCCCUGCCGUCAGACUUCUGCAGUUUGUUGCAUCUGGUGAAACUGGAUCUGAGUAAAAAUCGGCUCCAGCAGCUGCCUGUGGACUUUGGCCGCCUGAUCAAUCUGCAGCACCUGGACCUGCUGAACAACCGUUUGGUCACCCUGCCAGUCAGCUUUGCACAGCUCAAGAACCUGAAGUGGCUGGAUUUGAAGGACAAUCCCCUGGAUCCUGUCCUAGCUAAAGUAGCAGGAGACUGUCUGGAUGAGAAGCAGUGUAAACAGGCUGCUGUCAAGGUACUGCAGCACAUGAAAGCAAUCCAGUCCGAGCAGGAUCGGCAGCGGCAACGGAAGCUGCAAGCAGAGCGAGAAAUGGAGAAGAAGCGUGAAGCAGAACAGCGUGCAAAGGAGGCUCAAGAAAGGGAACUGAGGAAGAGAGAGAAGGCAGAAGAAAAGGAACGCAGGAGACGGGAGUAUGAUGCUCAGAAAGCUGCCAAGCAGAUGGAAAAGAAACCUAAAAAAGAAACGGUGCAGACCCGAAAGCCUGCCUCCGGUUCUCGUCCCCCUCAGCCAUCCCGGCACAAGCACUCCUCCUGGUCACGGUCGGUACUGCGGGUCCUGCUCUUCCUGCUGUUCUGUGUCCUCUGCACCCUGGCUGCCUGCAAGCUGACGGAGCUGCACCGCCAACCUCUGUGCAUCAGCGUCAACACCCUCUACGAGGACGUGUUAGCUGCUCUGCAGAACCACAAAACCCUGCAAAACAUGCUACAGCACAACUCGCAGCAGUGAUUGUCCCCGACGGGCACCUGCUUCCUCAGCAUCUCCCUCCACCAUCUUACACAGCCAGAAUUCCUAUGGAAUUGUGUUCUGAUGAAACUGCUUUUAACCAGUCAGCGUCAGUUUGCUGGUCCACUCCACUCAGAGCAGAGUUAUUGUGCAGAUCCUCUUUGCUGUGCAUGUUUCCCAGUUGGCCUGUAACUCCCUUUAUUUGUCCACAUUCACCUAAACUUGUUAACACUUCUUACCUCCAGGGGAUGGUCACCUAGAUGGUGAGGUACAGACUGCUGCCAGCCUCAAGGAGGGCAGAAACCAGCCCGUGUGUUAUCUCGGCAGCUGGAGCUCUGUCCUGGAGGUAGAGGGUUUUUAAACAUAUCCAUUCCUUGCUCUCAUUUCUAUUUGUGCUAAAAAUGGUGAUGUGGCUGUAUGGGAAUAUGUUAAGGCCCACUCCAGGACCAAUGACAAGUGUGUAGGAUGGCUGUGUGUCCCUGGGUUGGAGCGGUGGAGCUGAUGUGCUAUUGAAAGGAGCUGAAAAUUUUCAAUACAACAGUUUUCGCAGCA